AUCCCUAGUCUCCCGUAUUUCAACUGAACUGACUCUCUGUAGCUUGACGGAAGUUUCGCCGUCUUCAUUGUGUUACAGUGGCUAAAGCUUGUCUGAGUCACGGUAUUUUCGUUGUGACCGCACCUUUUGCAAGUCUCUGUCUUAGUUCGUUUCGUCUCUUCUCGUCUCGGGUGAAUCGAUCUGCAAAGCCGAUCCUCUCUGCCUUACAAUCAACAACAAAAAAAGUUGGGAGCUUCUUCAAGUUUUGCUUGUUUAAGAGAGUGCAACCAUUCAAGUUGUCAUGGUUGGGUUUAAAAAUAGGUAUUUGGUAAUGGAGGUCUUUUUGGACCCAAAUAGAGAGCUUCUUGAUGGUGAUCCCAUUAUACUUACCCAAUUUAAUGUGUCAAAAGCAAUCAAAGAGAAUAUUCUUGUCAACUUUGGAGAGUGUGGUUUAGCUUCUAUGCUUGGAUCAUUCCAAGUCAAGUAUGUGAAUCACAUCACGAAAGUUUGUAUCAUUAGAGCGUCAAGGGAGGAUUACCAGAAAGUUUGGUCUGCAAUUACUAUGGUUAGAAGUAUAGGAAACUGCCCGGUACUAUUUAAUUUAUUAGAUCUAAGUGGGAGUAUCAAGGCUUGUAAGGAUGCCGCCUUGAAGUGUGAGACAUUGAAGUAUGAACAUUACAAGCUUGUAGCAGGAACAAGUCUCUCAGCUGAUACUGCUCAGCACAUGCAAAAUUGUCUUGAGAAGAUAAAAAUUUUGGAACACUAAAACUACAGAUGCAUGUCUUCAUGGAAUUGUGAAGGUCAAUAAUUUGAUGUAGACCUUUAUUGUUUCAGAAGUUAUACCGAGGAUGAGAAUAGAUGGAGAAAUCUUGGUUUGGAGGAAGAGAUAUGUCGGAACCACUACAAAUUUUAUUUAUUUAUUUUCUAAUGUUUUCUGUGUAUAAUAUUGAUUGGAUUGUAGCACUUAAGUAAAGAUAAAAAGACUGGACCGUGCCACUUAAAAAUAGCAACCAUUUUCAAACUGGUUGAUCGAGUUGCAAAUUCAUGCUGUCAAAGCACUGGAGAAGGAUUUCCAUUCAUAGGUUUCCAGUUGAAACAAAGUGCCCGUGUUUGCUGUUUCAUCUCUCUAAUGAACCUUGCUGCAGUUGGGAAUUUCUGAAUCAGCAUGCAACUUACAAAACUUUUUGUUGCAUAGUCAGUAGCUCAACUGGAAGCUAGCUGAAUAAUGGUAUUAAUUUUCAAACUACAGGUUUCAAUUAUAUGUAUAUUUUGAAUGUUUAGUUUUUAUCGAAGUAUUUGCAUGAA